UCUCCUCCUUCUCAAUCAUUCUCUAUUGCUAGUGUUGGGUGUGAACCACUAGAGGCGUGACAUUUGUGACGUUUGCUCUCAAGGCUUCAACACAAGUAUUUGGAUUGUUAUUACUACAUAACAAUCAAGGUAGGUUUUGAAGGAACAAGAGCAAAUGUGAGCUCAUCACUUCCAAUGCAGUUGGAGUUCGAAACGUAUUUUUCUCCAUUAAUAAACCCAACAAAUUACACCCCACAAUGCGCACAUACACAUACAGCCUAAACUUUACGAUAAUUUGUGUACAUCAAAUGCAAGUUCUAAAGAAAGAGAGAGAUCACUCUCCCUCUGUUUCAAAAGAUUCCAAGAUCGGUUUCUUAUUAUUUAAAUAACACCCACGUUAAACCGCGAAAUGCGCAGCAUUUCGAGAGAAACCCCACUUGAAAAUACUCUGAAAGUUAUCGUCUUUCUUGAGAGAGUGAGGGGAAAAGUUUCUUUUUGAUGCAAGAAAGUGAAAAUGGAGGAAGAACUUAUCAGGCAUGGGAGAUCUUUAGCUGAAACACCAACAUGGGCUGUUGCUACAACUAUUACGUUCAUGGUUUUUGCUUGCUUGUUGGUUCAAAGAUCGAUUUACAGAUUUGGGAGGUGGUUGCAGAAGACAAGGAGAAAGGCGCUGUUAGCUUCUUUAGAAAAGAUCAAAGAAGAACUUAUGCUUCUUGGACUCAUAUCUUUGUUAUUGGGGCAAUGGGCAAGGGUGAUUUCACAGAUUUGUGUGGAUUCCUCACUCUUUAGUAGUAAAUUCUUCCUUUGCUCCAAAGAAGAUUUUGAGAUGGAUAAAAUUGUAAUUUUCUCAAGAUUCACUUCCUUUUCAAACGAGUCUGAUACACCUCCAGAAGGGCUUAAUACUCAUUUUCAUCAGUGUGGUGAGGGGAGAGAACCGUUUGUUUCUUAUGAAGGUCUUGAGCAACUUCACAGAUUCUUGUUUGUUCUUGGGAUCACUCAUGUUUUAUAUAGUUGUGUGUCUGUUGGUUUGGCCAUGAUUAGGAUAUACAGCUGGAGGAAAUGGGAAUAUCAAGCAAGCCUAUUGGCAGCCGAAAACUUGCAAGUGAGGAAGAUAAAGGUGAUGAGGCGCCAAGUCACUUUCAUUAAACAUCAUGCAACACAUCCAUGGAGCAAGAGCCGGAUUCUUAUUUGGAUGUUAUGCUUUCUAAGACAAUUCAAAAGUCCAAUGCAAAAGUCGGAUUAUGCGGCUUUGCGGUUGGGUUUCAUCACCACUCACAAAUUGCCACUUUCUUAUAAUUUCCACAACUACAUGGUACGAAGCAUGGAAGAUGAAUUUUAUGAAAUUGUGGGAAUUAGUUGGCCACUUUGGGCUUAUGCCAUACUAUGCAUCUUCAUCAACAUUCAUGGUCUUAAUAUUUACUUCUGGCUUUCUUUUGUCCCUGCCAUUCUUGUGUUGUUGGUGGGGACAAAACUUCAACAUGUUGUCUCCUUAUUAGCUCUUGAAAUAGUGGAGACAAGGGGCCCAUCUGCAAGAGUAGCUCAAGUGAAGCCAAGUGAUGAGCUUUUUUGGUUUGGUAAACCAGAAAUAUUGUUACGUUUGAUACAAUUUAUCUCCUUUCAGAAUGCAUUUGAGAUGGCAACAUUCAUCUGGUCUGUGUGGGGAUUCAAACAAAGAUCAUGUUUCAUGAAGAAUCACACGAUGAUAGUUAUUAGGCUGACUUGUGGGGUUCUUGUCCAGUUUUGGUGUAGCUAUAGCACAGUGCCUUUGAAUGUCAUUGUUACACAGAUGGGUUCAAAGUGUAAGAAAGCAUUAAUAGCAGAAAGUGUUCGCGAAUCACUUCACAGUUGGUGUAAAAGAGUAAAAGAAAGAUCAAAAACACUUCACUCAGUUGCUACAAGGUCAACAUGUUCACUUGGGUCAACCAUUGAUGAAGGUGAUGAAGUAAUUACAGUGGCUUCAGGGACUUUAUCUCAGUCAUCAUCCACCGGAACACUUACUCAGAUGGAGGAUAACCGGAGCUCCGGCGAUGCCAACCACCCACCGGAGCAAGAGCUUUCGUUCAGGAUGUCUGAAUAUUUGUCUGAUACGAUUAGACAUGCACCGCCAAAUCAGGGCAUUGAAGAGCAUGAAGUUGAAGUUGAAGUUGAAACUCUUCAAGAUUUGCUUCGUAGGACAUGAAAGUUUAAGUUCUUCAAUUGGAUAUUUAAGACAUUGGUGUUGGCAUAAACCCUAACUCGAGUUGACAUUAUAUCCAAUAUUUCAUACUUUAGAGGUGAAAUAUUUCCUUUAAAUGUUGUUAUCAUUACUAAUAAACAAUAUUUACUUCAUAACCACAAACAUGUAUCAAAAAUCCUCUUCAGCAA